AUAAAGCCUCUAUCUCUGCCAUUCCUGCUUUCUUCCAGCUUGAAAGGGUUCCUCUUCUCAAGCUUCUCUGCCAUCUACUCUUCUUCUUAUUUCAUUUUUCUCUCUCUUACAUCUUAAAGUAUAAUUCUGUCUGAUAUAUGUAUAUGUCAACGAUGGCGGCGGUCAUGCUUUCCUCUGCGCCAAGGCAUGUGCUCAGCCCCAUUUUCCCGCCGCCGGACAACCAUGUCCCGCCUCCUACGGCGCACCCCAAGCGAGGACCAGCCUUCCGGCGGCUCCCCUCCGCCGUUCUCCGCUCGGCCAUCCGAUCGAUCUACGUGCCAGAAUCCACCUCUGCCGCCCCCUUCCCCGGCGCCCUCGGCUCCAGCCGCUCCGACUGGCAGACCAAUUGCGCCAUCCUCGCCAGCAAGGCGGCGUCUAACUCCUCUUCUUCUUCAUCCUCCGGAGGAGACAACGCCGGCGCGGCAUCUAAUGAACCCAGAAGCAGCAACGAUGGUAACCACUACCAUCUGGCGAGUCCUACUCCCGUCAACGGCCUGAAGCAAAACUCGGCGACGCUGGACUUGGUGCCGGUGGCCAACCUCCCGCGGCCCCUCUCCAUCUCCGACCUCUCGCCCUCCCCGAAGCACGGGUCCAGCGUCCGCGUGGCGUACCAGGGCGUGCCGGGGGCCUACAGCGAAGCGGCGGCCGGAAAGGCCUACCCUAACUGCGAAGCCAUCCCUUGCGACCAGUUCGAGGUGGCCUUCCAGGCGGUGGAGCUCUGGAUCGCGGACCGCGCCGUCCUCCCCGUGGAGAACUCCCUGGGCGGCAGCAUCCACCGCAACUACGACCUCCUCCUGCGGCACCGGCUCCACAUCGUGGGUGAGGUUCAGCUCCCUGUUCACCACUGCCUCCUCGCCCUCCCGGGCGUUCGCAAGGAGCAGCUGACCCGGGUGAUCAGCCACCCUCAGGCGCUUUCCCAGUGCGAGCUGACGCUGACCGGGAUGGGACUCAACGUGGCGCGGGAGGCCUUCGACGACACGGCAGGCGCCGCCGAGUACGUGGCCAACAACGGCCUCCGGGACACGGCGGCCAUCGCGUCGGCGCGGGCGGCGGAGCUGUACAAACUGCAGGUGUUGGCGGACGGCAUCCAAGACGACAGCGGCAACGUGACGCGGUUCGUGAUGCUGGCGCGGGAGCCCAUCAUUCCGCGCACCGACCGGCCCUUCAAGACCAGCAUCGUGUUCGCCCACGACCGGGAGGGCACCUCCGUCCUCUUCAAGGUGCUCUCCGCCUUCGCCUUCCGGGACAUCAGCCUGACCAAGAUCGAAAGCCGACCGCACCGCCACCGGCCGCUGCGCCUGGUGGACGACGCCAACGUGGGCACCGCCAAGCACUUCGAGUACAUGUUCUACGUCGACUUCGAAGCGUCCAUGGCGGAGACCCGCGCCCAGAAAGCCCUCGCCGAGGUCCAGGAGUACACCUCCUUCCUCCGCGUGCUCGGCAGCUACCCGAUGGAUAUGACUCCCUGGGACGCAUCCUCCUCGCCGUCCCCGCCGACGCCUCCCUCCUCGUCGUAGUCACCUUGAUCGAUUGGCUCUGGUCCGUCAGUUUCCUCCUAUCCCCAAUCUGACGGGGUUCUAUCGCGAACUAAAAGAACGGAAUAUGAUAUCUUUAAUUUGGAUUAUGUUUCUCGUACGUGCAAUGUGCUCUACCAAAAUUGUACCAGCUUCUUGUGAUGGGUCCCACGCACACCAUGGGCCGGAGACCGUGACUCCUAAGUUGAGGGUCAUCAAAAGCUACAACCUAAACUACAGCAGUGUACAUCAAUUACUUUUGGAGAGGGUAUCAUUUUGUGGCGAGGUGGUUGUCCACCAAAAGCUUGGAACUUUAGUAUGCAAGACAUUAUUAUUCGCACGGUAUUAACAAUGACAAAAAUAUAACUACA